GACUGCAUUAUCAAAGGCAACUGCGACAGUGAAUCUAUUGCGCAGCCCCCGGGGCGAAACUACUCAUCGCGCAUGGUCAAGCACGCCACUAAGUGUAGAACUUCACUUCCAGACAGCAUUUACAUCGCUCGGAAGGUAUCAAGCAUGCGCCAAGUGAUGAAUAUGCAGCUGUGACGCACACAAGAUAUGUGAUCAUGGUAUGUCACAGCCGCAUCGCGGGGUAAGUCUUUCUUCUACUGUCCUGAAUCCAGCUCCUAUCCACGGCGUGAUUACGGUUACCGCGGCCGAACUUGCACGUCAGACCUUCUCGAAGCCCAGUAAUCGACUCCCUCUAUCGGCGCGCAACCGGAUUAGUCGAUUUACGACGUGCUCCACCUCCGCAAUGGCGACCCCGACGCUCACAAAUCCUUCGCUGACAGCCGCCGUGUGCUCGCUCGAACACAGGGUAUGGGCAGCGCUCUGCAGCUCUGGCUCCGAUAUUAUCCCACUCUUGUCGAGCAACCCCGUCAUGAUAUUUCCGGGCGACAUGAUCCUUAGCUCUGUGUCCUCACCGACCGUUCACGAGAUGCUUCAGGGCCCCAAUUUCAGACCUUGGAAAUCGUAUACUCUCAGUCAUGACGAGGUGGUUCAGCUGGGCAAAGAUAGUGCGCUGAUUUAUUAUCGCGUGGAAGCUGUAAGAGACAAUGAGACAUUCAGAGCCAUUUGUUCGAGUGCAUGGGUUCUCGAAGGUUCCAGCGAGAGUCUGGCGGGAGAAUGGAAGAUUGCAAGCCAUCAGCAGACCCUGAUCUAGAUGAUAUAUGGUACUGGUAAUAUGAGAGUAUGCCAAGUGUGGCCUCGAGGUUGACUCGAUAAACGCUACUUAUCCAACCAGGAUCACAAACUAUAAUUAAACAUUUCCAAGCACAUCACCUUACUUACAG